AUGUCAUCAGAUUCAGAUUCAACUCCAGAAUUUAAAAGUAUAGAAUUAUCUCAUUCAACACCAAUUGAUCAUUACCAUCAACAAUUAGAAAAAGAAUCAAAACUAUAUCAUACAUUAGAUCCAAAAUUUAAAAAUAACUCAAUUUCCAGUGAUAUAGAAUAUGGUAGAAAUUUAACAGAUUCACCAGAUAAUAGUACUUCUAUUAUACAAACUAAUGGGACUGAAAAUUUAGAUAACUACUUCAAUUCCAAAUUCCUAGAACCUAUAUCUACUAAUUGGGAAGAAUUUAUUUCUUCGUUAGAUUUAAAAAAUCUUGAUGAUUGUGAUGAUAAAAGUGAAGUUUUAAGUGUUGAUAAUUUAUUAGAAUUAUUGAAUAAUUCUAAAGCUGGUGAUAUUACUACCCCUGUUGAUAAAAAUUUGAAAUUAGAUCCUAUUGAAUCAGUUGUUAAUGAUCAAGAACAAAUAAUUGUAAAUGAUAAACAUGAAGAAAUUACAAAGGAUAAACCUAAAAGUGAAACAGUUUCAUCAUUAGAUGCAGUUUCAACUACUCAAUUUGAAUUUAAAACUAAUCCACAACUAAAUAUUAAAGACUUAGAAUCUAAAAUCAAAUUUAAUCAAACUCAAAUUCAAUUAAUUAAUAAUGAAAUUGCUAAAAUCAAUUCAAAAAUUUUAAAAUUAAAAAAAUUAUCUAAUUUAAGUAAACCCUCAAGUUCAAAAACACAAUUAAACCCAAAAAAUUCACCUAAAUUAAGCAAAAUUACAAAACCUGAAUUAUCUUAUGAUUUUGGUGAUGAAGAAGCUGAAACUGAAACUACAAAAUCUAAUUAG